UGCAUGUAUGCCUGGAUCCUGCCCCCCCAGCCCAGAGCCUCAGCACCAGUUGUUAGCCAAAAAUAAACAUCAUUCCUCAACCAUAUAUGUCCACCAGCCCAGAGCUGGGGAAGAGAGGCAGGAGGUAGGUCAGGUCCCCGGACUCCAGUCACACUCAGUGUGGCCGCUGCACACCAUGCACAUCACCCACCUCAACCGGGAGUGUCUGCUGCACCUCUUCUCCUUCUUGGACAAGGACAGCAGGAAGAACCUCGCCAGGACCUGCCUCCAGCUCCAGGAUGUGUUUCAGGACCCUGCACUCUGGCCCCUGUUGCACUUUCGGUCCCUCAUUGAACUCAAGAAGGACAACUUCUUCCUGAGCCCAGCGCUCAGAAGCCUCUCCAUCUGCUGGUACUCCAGCCGCGUGCAGGUGUGUAGCAUUGAGGACUGGCUCAAGAGCGCCUUCCAGAGGAGCAUCUGCAGCCGGCACGAGAGCCUGGUCAAUGAUUUCCUCCUCCAGGUGUGCGACAGGUGCCCUAACCUGGCAACCGUCACGCUGUCCGGCUGCGGCCACGUCACCGACGACUGCCUGGCGCGCCUGCUAUGCUGCUGCCCGCGCCUGCGCGCGCUGCGCCUGGAGAACUGCGCGCGCGUCACCAAUCGCACGCUGGCGGCCGUGGCGGCGCACGGACUUGCGCUGCAGACGCUGCACGUGGACUUCUGCCGCAACGUGAGCGCGGCCGGCCUGUGCCGCCUGCGCGCUGCUUGCCCGCGCCUGGCCCUGCACGCUGAGCACAGCGCGACCAUGAUCCCCGACCAGCCCCCGCGCGGCCCGUCGGCGCCCGGCACAGCCCUUCGCAAGCUGCUACCGCUCUAGGCCCGGGCGGCGGGAGGGACACCUGGCGCGAGGUUCCAGGCCGAAGGAGCAGCUUGGCUGCGAACCCUAACUCCCAGCAACUCCCAGGCUGUCGCCACAUCUUAUGAGCCUCGGUUUCCCCGUUUGCAAAAUGGGGAUCCUUAAAGCCUACCUCACAUUACUAUUUUAUACAUAGGACGAAUGCACGAUUAAACGACCGGAUGGAUGCUUGGAAAACA